AUGGCUCAAGCAAAGAGUCGGGUAAUGGUCCGUAGCCGUUACGGAAAACCGACGCACCCGGAAGCUUUACCUGGUAGCCAGACCGACGAUAUACCCAAAAUUCGCUUUCGCCACCCCGCGUAUGCGGAUAGUGAAAACAUCCUCAUUUCGCUGGCGGCGCUGGAUGGGGGUGGUGUUCAUUACGCAACGGCACAUAUAGCCUGCGCCGUUCUGGCAGACUUCCGAUAUGACGGUUACUUUUCUCUGUCAUCUACCGGCACUGCGAUCGAAUUCGGUCCGGACGAAAUCCUGACAGAGCAAAACUACUACUUCCACGUACCGCAAUUAGCAAGAUAUGACGUUGUCGCCGAUUUUGCUAGUUGCAUCUUCCCCCAUGGAAGAAUGACACCAUCGUGGUUAUCGGACGACCUCAAAAUUCACAAUGCUACCGGCUUGCCUCGAGAAACAACCUGCGAUAGCAUAGUUUUGGCCCGAGAUGUUUCUUGUCGAGUUACCAACAGUACUCUAGGUACGGAGGGAGCCCAUCUCCUUCCCAAGUCAGAGGAAUUGUGGUAUACGAAAAAUUCCAUGUUUCAGUACUCGGCAUGGGAAGAAAGGGGAACAACAGACGACCCGAGAAACGCGAUUCUUUUGCGAUCCGACGCUCAUACAAUCUUUGAUGCGAAACAGUUUAUAAUCGUGCCGAAGAAGGGCAAGUGGGUAACUCACGUCUUGUAUGGAGCUGCACAGGACGAACUUGCUCGAAGCUUUCACAAUGUUCAUAUACAACCCCUUACCGACAUUGCCGUAGAGUAUAUAUUUGCGCGAUUUGUGUACACAGUCCACGCCCUGAGCACGUUCACACUCUCCGGCGGCAAACGUGCACUCCUUGUCCUUAAAUCAGGCGAAACGAGUCGGAGUAGUGUCGAGGUAACGGGCUUGCAGUAUAAGACACAACUCGCCCCACGCUCACGGGUUGGCAGCAGGACUCCAAGUCCCAGCAAGCGCCAGUGCGACGAUCCACCCACUGUUGAUGUAGACACUUCGAAUUGUGAUGGGAUAGACGCCAGCGAUGAUGGGUUCCGGGGUCGUCCACGAAGGAGACUAUCUCACGAUACUAUCUCUCCACCCUGA